AUGUGGCAUGGCGGCCAGCCUCCCGUCUCCUGCAGCACCCGAGUAGGACAAACCCCGCGGGCUGUGCGCCUGGGGACCCAGACCCCGGGCCCGCCGGGGGUCAGGCCCCAGCCCCCCAGCACGCGCGCCCCGCCCGGUGGCCGCGGCGGGGAUGGCGAUGACACAGCAACUUUGCAGAGGCCUCCGCCCUUCCCCCCGGCGGCCCAGCCUCCCACGUCGGAGUUCCACCCGCGCCCGGGCACUCCAGGCCAGAUUGUGCAGGCCCGGGGGAGGGGACCGCGGAGAACCCGAAAUCCCAGCACCCACUCAGCCUGGCUUCAGCUCCCAUGCGGACCCCCGCUCUCAGCUGGGAGCCCCCGCCUAAGACCCUGGAGGGGACAGGGACGGCUUGUGCACGAGCCCCACAGCAGGCCGUGUCCACGUGAACGCACAGUCGGCGGAGGCACGCCAUGUGAUGCCUGUGAGCCUCCCACCCUUGACACAAAGAGGGCAGACAUGCUCCUCCGGUCUCGGGGGACGAGGGGGCUGGCGCGGGGAACCGCCCGGGCUGCCAACUCCAAAGGCACUCACGCCGUGGGUACAACUACAGCCACCGCUCCUACUAGGUCACCCUUUCCUCGGCCGCCAAGAAGGAUCCCUUCUCACCUGGCUCCAGGCUGCUGCACCCCAGGGGACGAGUGCAAGGGGGAGCACGCCGCCCCUCGCCCCUUUGCCCUCCAACUGGUGGAGGGACCCGAGGUUGGCCAUUCCCCUCCCCCAUCAGUGGCCCUUGGCUGCUGGAGCCCCUCCACACUCCCAUUGGCUGUAAAGUGUUUGAAGGACAAGCCCUCCCCCUCAGGAUUCUUUUCUGAACCCCAAGAAUUACCCCCCUCGGACCCCCCACCAUUGAUUAAACAUUUGAACGACUGA